ACUCUGGACCCACCCCGUCCCCACCGGCCCGGUGGCGGAGGCGAAGCGCAGUUACCCUCCGGACCUCUGACCAUGUCGCUGCAAGUGUCGAGGAGCUUGCGGGUUGUGGCCUACAGCCUGCGCACCGCCCUGACCUUCUGCUCGCCGCGGCCCUGUGUACCGAGCGCCGCCGCCGUCCGCUCACUGCGCACCGGAUCUGCUUUGCUGUCGGUGCGUAAAUUCACAGAGAAACAUGAGUGGAUAACGACAGAGGAAGGUAUUGGAACGGUGGGAAUCAGCAAUUUUGCACAGGAAGCGUUGGGAGAUGUUGUUUACUGUAGUCUGCCUGAAGUUGGGACAAAAUUGAAAAAACAAGAGGAGUUUGGUGCUUUGGAGAGUGUGAAGGCUGCCAGUGAACUCUACUCUCCUCUGUCAGGAGAGGUAACCGAAGUCAAUGAAGCUCUUGCCGAAAACCCAGGGCUUGUCAACAAAUCCUGUUACGAAGAUGGUUGGCUGAUCAAGAUGACACUGAGUGACCCUUCAGAGAUGGAUGAAUUGAUGAGUGAAGAAGCAUAUGAGAAAUAUGUGAAGUCCAUUGAGGAGUGACCAUGGCACCCCUCUACUCCCAGAUCAAACUGGAUGUGACGUGCUCCAGCAUGCUUGUCUUAAACUAGUGGAGAAUAGAGGACUUGAAAUAACUUAGCAAUACUGAUGGAAAGAAACUGUUCUUGACAGUGCUACUUAAGAGCCACCCCCAACUUCCUAAAGGAUGCAGAUAAACACAGUGUACAGGUUUUUGAUAAUUGCCAUACUAAGUAUUUAGACUAGGGGUUAAGCCCUGGUGUUUAGAAUUCUGAGGAUCGUCUGCUGUGAAACGUGGUUAUGAGGCUGGUUUUGGUGACGGACCACCUUCUAAUCCCAGCACGCAACAGGCAGAUGUUAGUUAGUUCAAGGUCGGUCUACACAACAAGUUCUAGACCAGCCACAGCUACAUGGCGAGACCCUACCUACUGGGUAUAAGACUUUCAUAAUUCAAGAUAAUAGUGGUGUAUCUUAGAUAAUUUUGUUACUUGCCCAUAUCCACCACUGGAUUUGGGUCAGAGAUUAGUGUCUUCUCAUUGGGAAUGCAAGGAAGUGUUGUACAGUGUCAGAGGCAGGAGAGUACUGUCUUUGUUUCACCAUGUGCUGUGUUGACUGUUGUUUUCCCACCGUGAAGCACCGGCUUUGCAACACUGCGAAACAAAUAAAACAUUCAUCCUCUUUGUUGA